GUGGCAAUCACACGUUGAUUCUUCUCAACUAAUCACAAAGACAUCGGCACCCUCUAUCUAGUAUUUGGUGCUUGAGCCGGAAUAGUAGGAACCGCGCUUAGCCUCCUAAUUCGGGCAGAACUAAGCCAACCCGGCGCGCUCCUCGGAGAUGACCAGAUUUAUAAUGUAAUUGUUACAGCACAUGCUUUUGUAAUAAUUUUCUUUAUAGUAAUGCCAAUUAUGAUUGGAGGCUUUGGAAACUGACUAGUACCUCUUAUGAUUGGUGCGCCCGACAUAGCCUUCCCUCGAAUAAACAAUAUAAGUUUUUGACUUCUUCCCCCUUCAUUCCUGCUCCUCCUUGCCUCUUCCGGAGUCGAAGCAGGGGCUGGCACAGGAUGAACUGUUUACCCUCCACUCUCAGGCAAUCUCGCCCACGCGGGACCUUCUGUCGAUUUAACCAUCUUCUCUCUCCACUUGGCUGGGGUAUCGUCUAUUCUUGGCGCAAUUAAUUUUAUUACAACAAUUAUUAACAUAAAACCCCCUGCCAUCUCUCAAUACCAAACACCUCUGUUUGUGUGGUCCGUCCUAAUUACCGCAGUAUUGCUUUUAUUAUCCUUACCCGUGCUUGCUGCCGGCAUCACAAUACUUCUCACAGACCGAAACCUUAAUACAACCUUCUUUGACCCUGCUGGAGGAGGAGACCCCAUCCUUUAUCAACACUUAUUCUGAUUCUUUGGUCACCCUGAAGUCUAUAUCCUUAUCCUCCCCGGUUUUGGUAUAAUCUCCCACAUUGUUGCGUACUACGCAGGUAAAAAAGAACCCUUCGGGUACAUGGGGAUGGUCUGAGCCAUAAUGGCCAUUGGUCUCCUAGGGUUUAUUGUCUGAGCUCACCACAUGUUUACUGUAGGAAUGGACGUAGAUACACGAGCUUACUUUACUUCCGCCACAAUAAUUAUUGCUAUCCCAACCGGAGUAAAAGUCUUCAGCUGACUGGCCACUCUGCACGGCGGCUCAAUUAAAUGAGAAACUCCGCUCUUAUGAGCACUCGGCUUCAUUUUCCUCUUUACAGUUGGAGGACUAACCGGAAUUGUUCUAGCCAACUCUUCUCUAGAUAUUAUGCUUCACGACACAUAUUACGUCGUUGCCCACUUCCACUAUGUCCUCUCUAUAGGAGCCGUAUUUGCCAUCGUUGCCGGCUUCGUCCACUGAUUCCCCUUAUUCUCAGGAUACACGCUCCACGACACCUGAACCAAAAUCCAUUUCGGAGUAAUGUUUGUUGGUGUUAAUAUAACUUUCUUCCCACAACAUUUCCUGGGGCUGGCAGGGAUACCUCGCCGUUACUCCGACUAUCCCGACGCCUACACUCUUUGAAACACAGUUUCUUCCAUUGGCUCAAUAAUUUCCCUAAUCGCAGUAGUUAUAUUUUUAUUUAUUAUUUGAGAAGCAUUCGCCGCUAAACGAGAAGUUUCAUCAGUAGAACUCACAGCAACAAACGUAGAGUGACUUCACGGUUGCCCUCCUCCUUACCACACCUUCGAAGAACCUGCCUUCGUCCAAAUUCAACAACCUUGAUUAAACUACGAAAAACCUGCUUCCGCCCCCUCAAACCCCUAG